AUGGCCGGCGCAGCACGGUCACGAUCUCCAUCCUCGACACCAGCCAGCAGGGGAGGCUAUCGAGCCCAGGAAGCUCAGGGAGCCCAAGAGGUUCGGUUCGAGCCCCUGAAUGACAGGCCUGUCGACAUCGAGAAGCAGUCGCUGUCACGACAGCCUCUCAAUGGAGACCCAGGUGGUCCUGGAGAGCCGGGAGGUCCCCCAAGAGACGAGACCGAGCAGCUCUAUAAGCCAAAGAGCCUCCGGUUCUGGCUCACCCUCAUCUGCAAUUUCCUUGCCCUCUUUCUUGUCGCCAUAGAUCGAACCAUCAUCGCCACUGCUGUACCCCGAAUCUCAGACGAGUUCCAGGCCCUGGGCGAUAUCGGCUGGUAUGGCUCCUCAUACAUGUUAACCACGGCUUGUGCCCAGCUGCUGUUCGGCCGAAUCUACAAGUUCUAUGAUAUGAAGUGGUCCUUCUUGUUGAGCAUCAUAGUGUUUGAGAUCGGCUCAGCCAUAUGCGGCGCCGCUCCCAGCUCGACCGUCUUCAUUGUGGGCCGCGCCAUCGCCGGCCUGGGCUCGGCCGGCAUCUUCUCCGGAUGCCUGCUGAUCAUGAUCCCCAUGAUCCCUCUACACCGCCGGCCCGCCUUCCAGGGCAUGUUCGGCAUGGUGUUUGGCCUCGCCUCGGUUAUGGGCCCCCUAAUCGGUGGUGGUUUCACUGGCGGGGUCACUUGGCGAUGGUGCUUCUGGAUCAACCUACCCAUUGGCGCUGUCGCCCUGAUCUUCAUGAUCUUUUUCUGGAAUCCGCCAAAGAUGCCUCAUGAAAGGGUUAGCUGGAUCGUACAUAUCAAGCGGCUAGACCCCCUGGGCAUGUUUUUCUUCAUGCCCGGGACCGUUAGCUUGUUUAUUGCCUUCCAGUGGGCUGGAACGACGUAUGAAUGGUAUGAAUGGAGGAUCAUCGUGCUGCUCUGCGUCUGGGCUGCAUGCACGAUUGCUUUCAUUACAGUCCAGAUCGCGAAACCUGAGACGGCCACGAUCCCUCCAAGGGUGAUCACCCAGAGGAGCGUUGCCUUUGGCACGGCUUUUACCUUCUUCCUGGCCGGCUCCAUGCUGAUGCUGGUGUACUACGUUCCGGUUUGGUUCCAAACCGUCAAGAUGGUAGACCCGAUAAAGUCGGGCAUCUACACCCUUCCCCUGGUGCUGAGCUUGGUCGUUUCGAGUAUCCUGUCAGGAGGCAUCACUCAAAAAAUCGGCUACUAUGUCCCUUCGAUGAUAGCCUCCCCGUCCAUCAUGUCGAUUGGUGAGGGUCUCCUUACCACGCUCAGACCAGACAGCCCUCCCAGUCACUGGGUUUCAUUCCAGUUCCUCUCGGGUUUCGGUCUCGGAUUCGGCAUGCAGACUUCAGGUCUUGCCAUCCAGACCGUACUGCCCAGAGAGGACGUCAGUACCGGCAUCGCUAUCAACUUCUUUGUCCAGCAACUCGGCGGUGCCGUCUUUACAUCGGUCGGUCAGACCAUUCUUACAAACCUAUUGGUUUCCAAGUUAUCACAUAUCCCAGGCUUCAAUCCCAAGGCGAUUGUGGGAGAAGGUGCAACACAGCUCACCGAGAUUGCUCCCAAAGAGUACGUCCCACAGAUCAUCGAGGCCUACAACUACGCCUGCCGACACAUCUUCUUCGCAGCCAUGGGUCUUGCCUUCGUCUCGUUCUUCUGUGCCCUAGGCAUGGAAUGGAGGAGCAUCAAGAAGGGGAGGAACGGUCAAGGACCGCCUGGUCCGGCUAAGCCCCCAGGCUCAGGCGGACCACCUGAACCCAACCCCGACGACCCGGGGCAAGAUAUGGCAGGCGCCGGAGCCGAGGUGAUCAAACUACGCGAGCUGAAGAACAGCACGCCAGAAAGCUCUUCGGCCGAUGGUGUAACACGGAGCUUGAAAUCAAAGUCGAGCCGGACUAGCAGUCCGGAGGAUAACGAGGAAAAGGCCCGAAAAGAAGCCUGGAAGGAGGAGAAACGCCAGGCCACUAUAGAGGGCAGGAAACACGGCGUCCUCGCCAAACCCCCUCUCCAUCCCCAUCACAGCCCGAGGGCUAGUAACGGCACGGUUGCUAGCGUCAGUAUUAGCAGUACUAGCAUGAUGGGUGGUGCACAGGGUCCGAGCCGAAGUCAUAGCAUGAGUAGGAGUCGAAGCCGUAGUCGGGUAACGAACACGACGGAUCGGACUAACGGCGCCAACACCACGAUCAUCUCUACCUCUCAUCCGCAGCAACAUCCUCCUCAAGAUAGGUCACCUACAGACGACAGGCCUGAUCCAGAGUUGGCCGGCGUGUUGAAGGAGUGGGUUGCGUAUGAGAAGGCGCAGGAGAAGAAGGAGAGACGAGAAAAGAGAAGGACGGAGAGGGGUAGGAAGAGGGAGAGGGAUGAGGAUUGGAGGUGGAGUGAGAAGGGGGUUUGGGAGUAUGAUGAGCCGGAGGAUGAGAAGAAGGGAAGAAAGAUGGGAGUGGGGGGCGGAGGAGGAUAG